UGUCCUCGUGGUCCAGCGGCCGAGGGAGGAGGCACAGCACUGUCCCUCUGCUGAACCCCACACCACAGAGAAGCUGCUGCCACCAAAGGAAGAAGACAGUGGACCCCGUGACUGCCAGAACUCAGGGAUGUCCCAGCGUGGCGCGUGGUGGCCGGUACCACCUCCUUAACUGACAUGGGCCCAGAGACACAACACAGCUACGUCAGACAGAUCAUCAUUCACGACGACUACGAUACCACCACUCAGGCGAAGGACAUCGCUCUGAUGGAACUCCACGAGCCUCUCCAGUGCACCCCCUACGUGCAGCUCGCCUGCGUGCCUGACUUCUCCCUGCAACUCCGGCAGCUGAGAAACUGCUAUGUUGGUGGCUGGGGGGUCACCACGGCCAGAUCUGGAGGACUACCCCCGUCGCUGCAGGAGGCCAAGGUCCCCCUCAUUGACCUUCAAGUGUGUAACAGUAGCGGGUGGUACCAUGGGGACAUCCACCCCCACAACCUGUGUGCGGGCUAUCCGCAAGGAGGCAUCGACACCUGCCAGGGGGACAGCGGGGGUCCUCUGGUCUGCCAAGAUCCCCAUGCUGACCACUUCUGGCUGGUGGGAGUGACCAGCUUUGGGGUAGGCUGUGCCAGAGCCCGUCGGCCGGGGAUUUACGCCUCUACUCAAUACUUCCGCCAGUGGAUCCUGACCCAGAUGGCGAUGCCCUCAUCGGAAGCAGCAGCUGCAACAGCAGAAAGUCAUUUUAGCACCGAGUUGAACCCCAUUGAGGCACUCCAGCCAGUUCCUAUACGGCCUCUGGCAGGGGACAGCGUGGGUCCUCUGGUCUGCCAAGAUCCCCAUGCUGACCACUUCUGGCUGGUGGGAGUGACCAGCUUUGGGGUAGGCUGUGCCAGAGCCCGUCAGCCGGGGGUUUACGCCUCUACUCAAUACUUCCGCCAGUGGAUCCUGAUCCAGAUGGCGAUGCCCUCAUCGGAAGCAUGGCACAGUAGGCUGUGCCAGAGCCCGUCGGCCGGGGGUAUACAUCUCCACACGCACUUCCAGAACUGGAUGCUGACUCAGAUCACGCGGCACUCAGUUAGAGCAGCCAAUGAAACGGAACACGCCUGGAGCCACAUUCCCACCCCAUCAAACUCUGUGGAGGCGCCUCAAACAACGGAGCCAAGUUAUUUCAGCUCCUGCCUGAAGGCACUCAACAAGCUGCUGGACUUCUUCACUCAGCUGCAGGAGUUCCUGCGGGUCCUGAAAGGCGGAAGCACCUGA